CCGCCACGCGCCACUGGAAGCACGCGCCACGCAGCAGAAGCAGCACAGGACGCACGUGAGCAGCAUGUGUGUUUAUGCGUGCUUGCAUGCGCCAAUGCGCCACGGCAGGGGCAUAAAGGGCUCUUCUUUUGCUGCCUCUGUUGCGUCUGCUGCCUCUGCUUCUCACCAAUGGGUUUGUUCAGCUUGCCCUCGUUGGCCUCUCUCUCGGCCUCUGCCUCGCCUGCCCUCUCCACCAACAACGUCAGCUCCAACCCCAUCAACUGCUCCACCGAAGAAAACUUGAACUUCUACGACGACCUCUUCAACAUCUUGAACACCAACCCUCCUGCCCACAUCUCCCUUAAAGACUCUUCCUCCUUUCCAGCAUCUACACCUCCAUCCUUGUCCAAGAAAAUAUUGGGCUCUGCUUCCAAUUUCACUCCCAAUCUAAACACCUUCAAUCCCUUUGCGAUCCUCAACAACUCCAACAAGAACCCAUCCGUUGCCCCUACUAACAACACCACCACAAUUCUGAUCACUCCAACUGAUCCAGAUGCCCAAGCUCUAUCAACCUCAGACUCAACCUCAAUCUCAGAUCAAAACUUGUCUUCAAUCGAUCCUCAGCAGUUCACUUUUAACAAAAACUUGAACAAAAAAUACAAAGACAAUAUUCCCCUUCCCACCAUCGACAACUUCAAACUUAACCAUCUUAUAAACAAAAAUAACGAUAUAAACUUAGCCUACAUCAACCUCGUCAACUCUCUAUUGCUAGUAUCUACAAACUACAAACAAGAUCUAUCCAACUCAAUCCACUUUCUAUUCAGUUUCCAAAAGAACCACAUUUUCAAUGAGCUAACUAUCCUCCAGAAAAACUUAAAUUCAACUUAUCUUUCAUUCAAAAAAAAAAGGAAAUCAAUAAACAUAAUCGCCAACAAUCCAAAUACUAUAAGCUCGACAAAUAGUGCAACCAAUAGUGCAACCAGUAGCGCAACUAAUAGCGCCAACAAUAUAUCUGAUUCUCAUAACUUUGAUACCUCUGAAAAUAUCGAAGAUUCACUGGAAUACAAAAAUAUAAACUUCAAUAUAAAUACAAACAUCAACACCAUCCUCAAAAACAACUUCUCUCAAAUCACCUCAAACCUAUCCCAGCUAUCCAAUCUAAUAGAACUAUCCAACGACUCAAUUCUAGACCUCGUUAAAACUCUAACCUUUAUAGAAAAAAACUUGUUUACUCACAAAAAUGAUUCUCUCCAAAAACUCUCCUCCAAGAACUCAAUCAACAAAUCACAGUACCCUCUACUAUCAAAACUAAUGUCCCAACUAAACAACCCUUCUAGCGCUUCAAUUAUAAAUCAAGAACUACUCAACGUAAAUGACACAGAGUAUAUUAACAUCAACAUCAACACCAACAUUAACACCAGCACCAACAAUUCAAUCAAUAAUCCCCGAAACCAACCAACCUACACUUCCGACGAUGACAGAAGCAUAAACCAAACUGAUAUCGAAGACUCUUUCUAUCCCGAUCCAAAUUACUUGGAAAACCCCCUUCUAGAUUCUGAUGAUAAUGAUCAAUUCCCUUCUAGCCAUUCAACUCAUUCGAUUCAUUCAAUUGACUUGAAUCUUAAAAAAUCUCCCAUAAAAAACCUAAAUCAGCUCGUAAAAAAGAAAUCAAAUUCCUCAAAUAUUCAAAAUAGCAUCAAUACUAAUGUAAUUGAUAAUGAUAAUAAUAAUGAUAAUAACAAUGAUAAUAACAAUGAUAAUAACAAUGAGAUUGAUAACAAUAGUAAUAAUAAUAAUAAUAAUAAUAAUAAUAAUAAUAAUAAUAAUAAUAAUAAUAAUAAUAAUAAUAAUAAUAAUAAUAAUAAUAACAACAACAACAACAACAAUAAGAUUAAUAAUGAGAUUCAGAUCGAGAUUGAUAAUACUUCAUUUAGCGACCAGAGUAGUGGCAACAUAAUAAUCCUAGAACCCAGCCUUAACGACACACAUUCCAUCUCAAUCCAAUCAACCCUAUCAAAUGAAUCAAAUAUCAUAGAUCUAAACAAUCUAAACAAUCUAACCUCCUCUCAAAAUUUCAGUAACAACGAUAUUCACAUAGACUCGCUUCUGAAAUCACAAGGCAAAAAAAAGGAAGAUUUUCAACUGGAAGAUAAUCUUUCACACUUCAACAACAAUCUUGCCUACAAUAAAGACAACGACAUUUUAAUUUCAAAGGAGUUUUACACCAUUCCUGAAAAUAUCAAUGAGAACAUAGAAGCAAAAGAGUAUAAGGAAAUCAAUGAUUUGAUUGCAUCUAGAAAUGUCAACAGAUUGUCCAAAACUUACAAUUCAAUUAACCAAAUAGACAAAGAAAAUGAAGUUGAAGUUAACAACUCCAAUUCUCUAGAUCAUAACAACAGUUUGGUCAACACCUACGUUCGACCCAGGUUAUCCGCCGCGAAGUUAUCAGCGUCCACUUCGUUGGGAAACUCCACUGUUUCUUCAAUCAUGUCGCAUUCAUCCUUUUGCAAGUCUCCCACCAUGUCUCUAAGCUCCCAACCCAACACAUUGCCAACAAUGGUCUCGAAUUCUGUCUUGCUUCCCUUUUCAAUGACAAAUGCAAUCACAGGAGCACAGCCUAUCAUCUCUACAUCAAUGGCAGUAGCAGUUCCAGCAACAGCGAGGAUAAACACAGGCAGCACCAACCAUCAUAGAUUGGAAUUUAACAGAAGAUAUUUCCCAGGUGAACAUAGAAACCACACUGAAGAUGAGAUUAAUGAACCCCUGAUGCCUGCAAUAACACAUAGCAUGUCAGGUCCCAUAACGAAAGCAGUGACUAUCAACAGCAGCACAAACACCAACAUCAGCGGCGUGAUCAACUCAGACAACAGAACUGACAUUUCCAGGUCUUUGAACAAGUACUGUGACUUAAACGCUGCAACAAUACCAGAGACAUCCUCCAGCGCUAGCACUGGAGACGAGGCCAUCCAAACAGAGACUGGCGACGACAGCAGUGCGAGAAGCUCCAGCAGCAUGGGCUCGGCGUGUCGUAUCAGAACGAGAAGCACGGGCAGCACUGUCGCCAACGGAAUCGACACCUCGAUCAGUGGCGUCGGCAUUUUCAUCAGCACUGAGACGCCCCCAGCAGUGCAGCAGAAAGUUCAACAUGUGCCGCUAACUGAUCUGUCGGAGCCCGGUCCUGGCGACGAAAACAGGGUCUCGCGUGCCGCCCGAAGUCUCAGUCGGUACUUGCAGUAGAAUCCGUGCUUCCUAUGCUGCACCGACACACGUGCGCAGUACAAGCUCCAGCCACACUGCGCUCAACCGGCUGCCACUGCCACAGAUGGGGCGUGCAGCGGCGUCUCUCUACAGGUGAACGACGGAUUUAUGACAUAGCAGUGGUUUGCAAUUCUCCAGCUCUUUGCUGGUUGU